AUGACCAACAUUAUAAAGAUUAUCUUCAGUCGUAAAAUUACAGCUAUUACAGUCAUGCAUGGUCGUAAACGUGUCAAACCCACUGCGGAAGUAGAAAAAUUGAGAAAGGAAAAAGAAGCGUCCAAAAUCAAAGAAUACAAUGGUAUUGUAGCAGCAUGUUUCGAAAAGAAAAGCAAAUGUGAAUUUGACAAGGAAGCUUUUAUCUUAACUACCAAGAUUUUGUCACAAAAUCCUGAUUUUUAUACAAUUUGGAACCUUAGGAGAUCAAUUCUUUUAAAUGAGAUUUCAGAAGAUUGUUCUGAAGAGGAAAAACAGCAAAAAUUUUCGUCCGAAUUACUAUUUCUUCAAGAAGUCUUUCGACAUAAUCCAAAAUCAUAUUGGAUUUUCAACCAUAGACGGUGGUGCUUAGAUACUAUGCCUAAUCCUGAUUGGAAAAGUGAAUUGGACCUCGUUGGUAAAAUGUUAGAUAUGGAUGCAAGAAAUUUUCAUGGAUGGGAUUACCGACGUUAUGUGAUAACGAGGCUUUCUUGCAUCGAUUCAAAUGCAUUAAAUCUCUGCAAAACCGAAUUUGAUUUUACCACUACUAAGAUUAAUCAAAACUUUUCAAAUUAUUCUGCGUGGCAUCAACGUAGUAAAUUGUUGCCAAAUUUGUUGGAAGAUGAACAACUUGGAGAUCAAGGGAAAAAAAACCUUAUCGACCAAGAAUUCGAACUUGUUAAGUCUGCUUUUUAUACAGACCCAGAUGAUCAAAGCGCCUGGCUCUACCAUUGGUGGUUAAUCGGUCGAGACAUAUUGCCAUUGACAAAACAAGAAAGAAUAAAUCUUCUUAAGCGUGAAAUUGCUACAGUAAAAGAAUUGCAGGAAAUAGAACCAGAGAGCAAAUGGUGUUUACAAACUUUAUUAGUCCUCCUACGCGAGCUUAAGUACAUCUCUGAAUUGAAUACAAAAGAAGCCAUGAACAUUGAUGAAGAAGUUAUUACAAUCUGUGACCAAUUGAUGAAUAUUGAUAAAAUGAGAGCCAAACGAUUUGAAGACUUGCGUUCCAAAGUGAUAUUUGAAAAAACUACAAAUAAUUUAGUUCAAACAUCACCUAAUGCACAACAGGAGAUUAUUAAGGAUAAGGG